CCCAAGCUGCCCGUCCGGGACGUCUGCGCCGACAGGACAUGGCGAACCAGGUUAUCAAGUGCAAGGCUGCCGUUGCCUGGGAGGCUGGAAAGCCUCUCUCCAUAGAGGAGAUAGAGGUAGCUCCACCAAAGGCUCAUGAAGUUCGAAUCAAGAUCAUUGCCACGGCUGUCUGCCACACUGACGCCUAUACCCUGAGUGGAGCCGAUCCCGAGGGCUGUUUCCCAGUGAUCUUGGGACACGAAGGUGCUGGAAUUGUGGAAAGUGUCGGGGAAGGAGUGACUAAGCUAAAGGCAGGCGAUACCGUCAUCCCGCUUUACAUCCCACAGUGUGGAGAGUGCAAAUUUUGUCUAAAUCCUAAAACCAACUUAUGCCAGAAGAUAAGAGUCACUCAAGGGAAAGGACUAAUGCCAGAUGGCACUAGCAGAUUUACUUGCAAAGGAAAAACCAUUUUGCACUACAUGGGGACCAGCACGUUUUCUGAAUACACAGUGGUGGCUGACAUCUCUGUUGCUAAAAUCGAUGCCACAGCUCCGCUGGACAAAGUCUGCCUUCUGGGUUGUGGCAUUUCCACUGGUUAUGGUGCUGUUGUGAACACCGCCAAAGUGGAGCCUGGAUCUACUUGUGCUGUCUUUGGUCUCGGAGGAGUUGGAUUGGCUGUCAUUAUGGGCUGUAAAGUAGCUGGUGCAUCCCGGAUCAUUGGUGUGGACAUCAAUAAAGAUAAAUUUGCAAGAGCCAAAGAAUUUGGAGCCUCUGAAUGCAUUAAUCCCCAAGACUUCAGUAAACCCAUCCAAGAAGUGCUCGUUGAAAUGACUGAUGGAGGAGUAGACUACUCCUUUGAAUGUAUCGGUAAUGUGAAGGUCAUGAGGGCCGCGCUUGAGGCCUGCCACAAAGGCUGGGGUGUCAGCGUGGUGGUUGGCGUAGCUGCUGCCGGUGAAGAGAUCGCCACUCGCCCUUUCCAGCUGGUGACAGGCCGCACGUGGAAAGGCACAGCCUUCGGAGGAUGGAAGAGUGUAGAAAGUGUCCCAAAACUGGUAUCUGAAUACAUGUCAAAAAAGAUAAAAGUUGAUGAGUUUGUGACUGGCAAUCUGCCCUUCAACCAAAUUAAUGAAGCUUUUGAACUUUUGCAUUCUGGGAAGAGCAUUCGAACUGUCGUAAAGAUUUAGAUCCAAGAGAAACUGUCCCAUCCUAUCUUGCAAUGUGAUGGGAAAAGACCUUCCAAGUUCUCAGCUUCAUCAACAUGUAGCAACUCCCUGUGAAACAGUGGUGAUGCCAUCUGUAAUCAGGGGCAAGGCCAACAUGGUCACAAAUCUGUUUUCUAGUUGCUUCACAUAAAUCAUUGCUGGCUUAAGGAAUAUUUUUAACACAAUAAAAAUGAUUUCUACGUUU